AAAGUGUAAAAAAGAAUUAGGAUGGCUCUUAUUAUGAAUCUCUUACCUCUUUUAUUCUUAGGAGCCUUAGUUCAUUCCAAUCAAAGUGUCGUGCCUCUCAUAUCCUUCAAGAUAGGUGAAAAUGUAACGUACGAUUGUAUAGAUAUUUUUAUGCAAUCAGGACUUGAUCAUCCCUUGCUCAAAAACCAUACAAUCCAGAUGAAACCAUCAGUUUCAAGGACUAAAUUAAAAAGUCAAAUUGGCAUAAACAAAGUACAAAAACAGAAAAUACCAUGUCCAGAUGAAACCAUUCCUGUAUUGAGAAAUACUAAAGAAUUCGUCACCAACGCUCAAGUUUUGGCCGAUAAGCAUUUCCAUCCGCUAACAGCUGAUAGUCCCGGAACACACAUUUCUGGAGUAAGGUCACACAAUGGUCCAUAUCGUGGUGUAGAAGCUUCGUUUGAAGUAGUAUCAGUAGACAUCGCAAAAGAUCAAGCCUCGUAUAGUCAAAUAUAUAUAGGCAGUGGAUCGAAUAAUGAGGUUAAUUUUAUCUCAGCGGGUUGGAUGGUAAAUCCAAGCUUGUUUGGUGACGGACGUACUUGGACAUAUGGAUUUUGGAAGGGUAAAGAUGGAAAAGGAUGUUACAAUAUGGCAUGCUCAGGGUUUGUUCAAGUAUCACAGAAGGUUCCCAUAUUUAAACCCAUUGGUUUUCGGGCAGGCGAGACUGUCUGGUUGCAUUACUCCAUCCAUCAGGACAAAAAUACUGGAAACUGGUGGCUUACAGAAGCACUGGGAUUAGGUGAACCUGGCGUCGAUCUUGGAUAUUGGCCAAAAGAGCUAUUUAACCUUUUAGACAAUGGUGCAAAUAUGGUUGGAGCUGGUGGUGUGGUUCAGGCUUCACGUUCUGGUUCAAGCCCUGAGAUGGGUAAUGGUCAAUUUCCGAAUGUUAAUCACCCCGAGAAUUCAGCACUUUUGACAAAUAUCGAAGUUUUGGAUUCCAGUUAUGAGCAACAUAAAAUGAAUUAUGUUCCUACAGAAGUGGUUCUAGAUAGUCCCAAAUGCUAUGGGCUAACAAUUGGUAAGAGAUUUAUAUUCCGACGUAAUCGAUACGGUUUCUAUUUAAAUUAUGGUGGUCCUGGAGGAAACUCCUGUGGAGUUUGAUAUUUUCAGUGUAAUAACUAAAUUUGAAAUUUAGUAAAUAAUAAUUAUAAAUUAAGAAAAUGCAAAGAGUAUAACUCUGUCUUCUUAUAUUUUAUUUUUCUCCGGGCCAGUGUCAUUUUAAUUUGUAAGUAGCUGAUGUCUUAUUUAACUGUUUAGGAACCCUUGUAAAACUUAAGAUGAACUUUUGUCAAAUACAACUGACAUAUAACGAAGACUAAACAAGCUUAUAUAUGUAUAUACUCUAAUAUAGUUCUCUAGAAAAUACAAGUAACACCUUAGCAAGUUUUACCUUGCUACAUGCUUUCCCUUUUGUUCUGCUUCUAGCACAUUACUAAAAAUCUUAAGCUGUAAAGAACAAAGAACAAGAGGAAAGGUUACACCAAAAAAAAACAAGAGGAAAGGUCCUCUCAUUCUUGAUUUUUUUUAUAACAAAGAGAGGGAUGUUUUUUAUAUCCCUCGGGAUCAAUUCCUCAUGCUCUCUUCAACUUCGUUCUUAUAUGGUAAACUCUUUACCCGCUUCACAUUGAAUUUGGACCCAAAUAAAAGCAAUUUGAAACUGAGUUGAGUAAGGCUGGAUACCAUAUGGUUUAUGUUUUUUCAGUAUUAAGUGUUCACGAGAGAGGUAACGGUUUUCAAGAGUUGUAGAUCUCAUCUCAGGAUGAGGAAGCAAGUAUACUGGUUCUAAUAACACUACCUAACAAGAAAAAAACUCUCAAAUCAUAUACUUCAAGCAUCCUCUGCGUCAGGAGCAAUAAGGUCAUGUUUUGCAUCAAUGCAUCUUGAUUGGUACUAAUCGUGUUUUCUGACCUAAAGAAUUUUUACCCUUUAAAUAAUAUAAACGUUUCUCAGUUCAAAAAAAAAAAAAAAAUAUAAACGUUUCCACUUUCCAGGUGCAUGAACAAUUGUAUGGGAAGGUGUUCCAAAAAAAAAAGAACAAUUGUAUGGGAACUGAAUUAAUUAAUUUUUAUUCUAUCGUGUACUUUUUUAUUGUGGAUUUAAAACUUGUUAGAAGUUUUGAAAGACGAUAUUGUUUUGAGAGAUUUGAUAAUGUAAUAACUAUGUAAAUUU